AUGAAUAUCACUUCUACAAAUAACACUUGUGGGCCCGAAAAAGUACUAAACCCUGGUUGGUGUCCUAGUCACUGGGAUCUAUUGUUAUGUUGGAGAACUUCAAAACCUGGUGCUGUAGUUUACCAAGCUUGUUUUGAUGAACUCAACGGAAUGCGUUACGAUACAUCACAAAAUGCUAGUCGUCGUUGCAAAUCGAAUGGUGUUUGGGAAAAUUCUUCUGAUUAUAUGAAUUGCCGACCUUUGGAUACAAACAAUCCAUUGUAUCCAGAUCCAUCAAUUGUAUACACAUCAUACUUUUACUAUGGUGGUUAUACCAUAUCAUUAGUGGCAUUGGUGGCAGCUGUAUCCAUAUUUGUUUACUUUAAAGAUUUGAGAUGCUUGAGAAACACAAUACACACAAAUUUGAUGUGCACUUAUAUACUAUUGAUUUUACAUGGAUAUUGA